AUGGCUGAUCUCAGAGCCGCGGCGUCGCUGUCCCGACUGGGACUGCGUGCCGCCGCUCAGCCAGCGGCAUCAAUGCGCUUCUACGCGCCCGCUCUGGCGCGGCGCACAUUCGCGCAGCCUCAAUCGAGACUCGCCCUCGCGCCAUUUUCAUACCGACAGUACUCGCUUACCGCCACGGCGCUCGCCCUCCGACCUCGGACACAGCUGGCGCUGGACGCGCGCCGGCCGUUUGGCACUUCGUCCAAUGGCAUCUCUAGGAACCAGCUCGCCAGCGCCGAGGAGUCGGCCAACAGAAACCCCGGCAACGCCAAUGCGCAAAACGCAUUAUACCAGCUACUUCUACGCGCCAACAUGCCCGGCAUCCUCGUCGAGCGCUACCAGUCCGGCCGCUUCGGCACCAACCCCGCCACGGAGGACGCCUACAGGAAGGCGUUAGCGGCCUUGAACGCCGGUACCAACGCUACCUCGGGCACGACAUCGGGUGUCGCCAUCGGACGCCUUGGAUAUGGCUCCGAGGCGGCCAUUGCCAACGCCGCGGUCGGGCAUGCCGGUCUCGGCAGCGCCACCGCCGGUGGCAGGGGUGAGCCGAUCCAUGUCGUGGUCCAAGAAACGACGCGCAUGUUCAUCUUCCGCUGGGUUCGAUUCUUCGCGACGUUUAUUCUGGUUACCUACCUGUGUUUUGUGGCCGUCACUAUUCUCAUCGAGUUCCUCAGCUCCUUCCGCCGCGCUGGCGGCAAGACGGACUCUGAGGUCAAGGCCGAGAACCAAAACACGCGAUUCACAGACGUUCAUGGAUGUGAUGAGGCCAAGGAAGAACUUCAGGAAGUUGUCGAAUUUCUCAAGAACCCUGAGAAGUUCUCCGACCUCGGCGCCAAACUGCCCAAGGGCGUUCUCCUGGUUGGCCCACCGGGUACUGGCAAGACCCUCCUUGCGAGAGCUGUUGCCGGCGAGGCCGGUGUGCCGUUCUUUUACAUGUCCGGAUCCGAAUUUGACGAAAUCUACGUUGGUGUCGGUGCGAAACGCGUUCGCGAGCUCUUUGCUGCCGCCAAAGCGAAGUCACCCGCCAUCAUCUUCAUCGAUGAGCUGGACGCGGUCGGUGGAAAGCGUAACCCCCGUGACCAAGCUCACUCCAAGCAGACUCUCAACCAGCUUCUGACUGAGCUGGAUGGAUUUGAUCAAGAUACCAAGAUUAUCAUCAUGGCUGCUACUAACCUGCCCAAGCUGCUCGACAAGGCUCUGACACGACCGGGUCGAUUUGACCGCCACAUUGACGUCGGUCUUCCCGAUGUUCGCGGACGUAUCGCCAUUCUAGAGCACCAUGCGAACAAGAUCAAGCUCGCCCAAGACGUCGAUCUCAAGGCCAUCGCUGCUCGCUCCCCCGGUCGCUCUGGCGCUGAGCUAGAGAACAUGCUCAACUUUGCCGCGCUUCACGCCAGUCGCGCCAAGGCCAACGUUAUCUCGAGAGCGGACCUCGAAUGGGCAUUUGAUCGCGUGAGCAUGGGUGCUGAUAAGAAGUCAAUGGUCAUUUCGGAAAAGGAAAAGGAAAUGACUGCGUAUCACGAGGCUGGCCACGCUCUGGUUCAACUCUUCGAUAAAGAGAGCGACAGCAAGCUGUACAAGGUCACAAUUCUACCCAAGGGCGGAUCGCUAGGCCACACCGCGCAUGUGCCGGCCAUGGACAAGUACUCCACGACGGCCGCCGAGUACACCGCCAAUAUCCGCGUACUUCUCGGUGGCAAGAUGGCUGAGGAGAUGCGCUUCGGUGAUGACAAGGUCACCUCGGGAGUUUCUAACGAUCUCGAGCGUGCUACGGAUCUGGGGUUCAUGAUGGUUGCUCAGUUUGGCAUGUCCAGUGUCCUCGGCCCCAUGGAAUACGGGCGCCGCUACGAGAACCUAAGUUCGGAAACCAGAGCCAUUAUCGAGUCAGAGGUGCAGAAGAGCCUCAAGAAGUCAUACGAGGAUGUACGAAAGCUUUUGACCGAGAAGCGCAAAGAAUUGGACCUACUAGCCCAGGCACUGGUCAAGUACGAGACACUGGACAAGGAUGAGGUGGAGAUUGUCAUUCGUGGGCAGUCUCUGCCUGGCAGACCAGUACUUGCCCGUGGGCCGAUGGUGAUGCCGGUCCCGGAUGAUCCCCCCACCCCUCCUGGGCUCGGCGGUGUGUCCCAUCCCGAACCAGAAUCGCCGGCGCCUCCGGCACCAGCAGAAUGA